AUGACUCUGUCACCGGCGGUCCUCUCCGAGGAUCUCAUCGUCGAGGUACUUUCGUUUCUUCCCGUGAAAUCUCUUCUCCAAUUUAGGUGUGUGAGUAAAUCUUGGAAAACCCUAAUUUCUGAUCCCACUUUUGUGAAAUUGCACCUUGAAAAAUCACAAUCACGAAACCUUAAGCUCUUCACAAUUAUCACGGAGCGCAUUAAUAAUAAUAAUGAGGGGGAUUACCGCGUCGAUAGAUACCCUAUCGAUCGUAUAUUCGAAAACCCUUCAAAUUAUCAUCAUUUUAAAAGAAAAGGAUCUCGAAAUGGCUCUGAUAUAGUUGGUUCCUAUUUCGGCUUUGCAUUUGGAUGUGAUAAUUCAACUGCAACUUAUAAAGUGGUGGCAUACGGUGAUCGGAAGACAACAUCAGAUUCAGAGGUGAAAGUUCUCAAUUUGGGUGAUGAUGUUUGGAGAAAUAUUGACAGUUUUGAUGGUCUUUCUUAUCGUGGCGAACUUAGUGUCCACUACGUGAAUUUGAGUGGCACUCUGAACUGGUUGGCUAUUCACAACAACAUUGUUCAACAAUUUACUAUUGUUUCUCUUGAUUUGGGACGGAGACAUACAAUCAAUACAUGGUGCCUCGUGAUGAAGAAAUUUGGAGUUGAAGAUUCCUGGACUCAGUUGUUUAAAUUUAGUUACCAUGAUCUUCUAAUAGACCAUGAUGACUUUCGAUUGGUGCCAUUAUUUCUUUCUGAGGAUGGUGAUUCACUGAUACUUCAGAGCAGUCUAGAAUCCCAAACAAUUCUCUAUAAUAGGAGAGAUAAUAGAGCAAAGCGAACAGAAAUUAUUGCAAGUAGAACUGCUGCCAAUAAUAGAACUAGCGGUUAUGUAUAUUGGGACUUUGCCAAAGAUUAUGUUGAAAGUUUAGUUCCAAUUUUUUGA